AUGCUGCUGACACAGAGGCGGCUCUGCUGGCGCGCGCUGGCUCGAGGCCACAAGGUGCGGCAUCUCAGCAGCGAGGCCGCUUGGCACGUGCAGUCGCGGCUGGCGCAGGCGGGUUCCGAGAUAGACCACGCGCACGGAUCUCUCUCGCCACCGCUGCACCUGAGCACGACUUUUGAGCGCGACGCGGACGGCGGCUACGAACGCGGCUACUUCUACUCCCGCAGCGACAACCCGACAAGAUCGCUGCUGGAACGCACCGUCGCGGGGCUUGAGGGCGGAUCUGACGCCGUCUCCUUUGCUUCGGGCAUGGCGUCGAUCAAUGCAAUAUUCCACGCGCUGCUGGAGCCGGGCUCGCACGUCGUGCUCGCAAACGACGUCUUCCAUGGCACGGCGACCUUGCUCUCGGGUUCGUAUGCUCGCUGGGGCUGCACCUUUGAACGCGUAGACAUGAGUGACACCAGCGCAGUGCAGGCCGCCAUCGACGGAGGCGCGUCCCUGGUGUGGUGCGAGACGCCCAGCAACCCAAUGUGCAAGCUCACGAAUGUUCACGACAUUGCACGGCGUGCGAGGGCAGCCGGUGUGCCCUCCGUCGUGGACGCAACUUGGUGCACCCCGGCGUUGUUGCAGCCUCUCGCUCUCGGGGCAGACCUCGUGAUGCACUCGAGCACAAAGUACCUCGGCGGCCACUCGGAUCUUUUGGGAGGAAUUGUCGUUGGUGGAGAGAACUCAGCGCCCUUGCUCGCCGCGAUCAGAUCCGAACAGCGGAAUGCGGGUGCGGUGCCAUCGCCGUUCGACUGUUGGCUGCUGCUUCGCGGGCUCCGCUCUCUGUCUGCACGACUCAACUUGCACUGCUCCAACGCCCUGGCAGUUGCAAAGAUGCUUGAGGAGCACUCGGCGGUCUCCGCUGUCCACUAUCCUGGGCUGCCGUCACAUCCGCAGCACGAGCUCGCCAAGGCCCAGAUGCGCAGCGGCUACGGAGGCAUGCUCUCAUUUGAGCUACACGGCGGUGAGGAGGCAGCGGUGGCCGUUGCCGCGCGUACAAAGCUUUGGAGGCGGGCUACGAGCUUGGGCGGACCGGAGUCUCUGAUCCAGCACAACGCUUCCUUUGAGGCCCUUUGGACCACACCGACAAGUCCUCCAGGCCUCCUUCGGCUCUCGGUUGGCUUGGAAAACGUGGAGGACCUGCUGCGGGAUCUGCAAAGUGCGCUCGACGAAGGGCUCAAGGAGGUGUUUGAAUCUUCUAGCUAG